CGACCUCGACCUCCACUCGUUUACUCAACGAGCUAAUAUUUGGUCCUGCGAACAGGUCGAUUGGUUCGCAGUGGUACCUCUACAUGCAUACACAUCACAUGAUAAAUGCAAACCAAAUACUCACUUUUUCACACGUUGAUUACCUCAACGAAGAAGUAGAUCCGGUCCCGAUCCCUGAUUUCGUUUGUUUCCCUUUUGCGUAUUGAAUUCGAACUCAGAAGGAAUCAUCAUGGGUUUGUUCUCAAACCCUCCUCCUUCUAAGCCUAGUAGUUCCUUUCUCUUCCUUGCUUUCCUCCUCUUCUCUGCUCUCUUGCCCUACGUUUCUGCUCAGGAAUUUACUGGGGAAACUAACAAUGAGGAGUCAAUUGGAUCAAUUAAAGAUCUUGGUCGGCGUAGCAAAAUUGUUUUCGACAAAAUUGGUGACUCUAUAAGCAACAGUGAUGAUCUUGGUGUUAGCUUAGAUUCUGAUGGCCUCGGAAUUUUUGAUGCAUUCUUUGCUAGUUUGUCGAUGAUUAUUGUUAGCGAGAUUGGAGAUGAGACUUUUAUAAUUGCUGCUCUUAUGGCAAUGCGUCACCCUAAAGCAAUUGUUUUAUCCGGUGCACUCAGUGCCUUGUUUGUAAUGACAGUACUUUCUACUGGGCUUGGUAGGAUUGUGCCAAAUUUGAUAUCGAGGAAGCAUACAAACAGUGCUGCUACAGUUCUUUAUGCCUUUUUUGGCCUACGAUUACUUUAUAUUGCAUGGAGAGCAGAUUCGAAAGUAUCUCAGAAGAAAGAAAUGGAGGAAGUGGAAGAGAAACUUGAGGCUGGACAAGGAAAAACAAUGGUCCGCCGGUUAUUUUCCAGAUUUUGUACUCCAAUAUUCUUGGAGUCAUUUAUUUUAACCUUUCUAGCAGAGUGGGGGGAUCGGAGCCAGAUUGCGACAAUUGCUCUGGCUACCCACAAAAAUGCAAUUGGAGUCGCAGUAGGCGCUAUUCUGGGACACAUGGUCUGUACAUCGCUGGCAGUGGUGGGAGGAAGCAUGCUUGCACUCAAGAUCUCGCAGAAAACAGUUGCUGCAAUGGGUGGGCUGCUUUUCCUUGGUUUUUCUUUAUCUUCGUAUUUUUAUCCUCCCUUGUAACCAUGAAACUGUAAUAUCUAACCUGCUUCUUAGGGCGGUUGUGCUCCAUUUUUCAAUUUUUGUCCAUUUCACUUUUUCUUUUUCUUUUUUUCCUUUUUCUUUUUUCUUUUUUUUACAAAAAAAAAAAAUUGAAAAAUACUGCAAUGGUCAACACCAGAAGUUUGUGCUUAAUUCUCUAUUUUUGUAUAAUAUUGGCAUAUAAAAAUAUGUUUAUGGCUUCCCCGUAAUUUCCUUCA